AUGGUCACUUGUACGCCUGGCGCGACGAUCCAAGCCCAAACCGGAGAUUACUCAACGGGUGGUUGGUUGCCUGAAAACCUUGUUUGUGGGCGGUUGAUUCCCCUAACCUUUUUCUUGAACUUUUUUCCCUUAAACACCGAUACCGGAGGGCGGACAGACAUAAUAACUUUUCCCGCUCCCAUGAUUCCCAUCCUUAUCGCCGGCAUUGUCAUCAUAUCCAUAUUAUGCGUUGCGGCCAUAAUCAACGGCCCCACCAAGGGGAACGAAACCGUUAACGAGAUUGCGUUUAGGCUGAGACGUCAGGAGCAACAGGAACGAGAGAACGAGAGAAGGACGAAAAUGUUUGAAGAAGAACGAAAAAGGAUACAGGAUAUGGAGAUACAAGUGGAGCGCGCUAGGUAUAGACUCGCCUCAGAACAGAGAAGGGUUCGUGCAGAGAUGAAGGGCAAGAAGGAGGAGGAGGACAAGCGAAUGAAAGAGGAGGAUAAGGCACGGAGAGAAAUUGAGGAGGAGAAACGAGAUCUGGCGAAUAGGAUUCUGGAUCUUGAGAAAAAAGAGAAAGCGCAGAAGGAAGCAAUAGAGGAGCGAAAUAGGGAACAAGCCAUGCAUAUCGAAGCCCAAGAAAGGUUCGGUGGACCGCUGCGGUGGCCCACAAGGGAAGAAUUCCAGGAGACACUGAGGAAAACCCAAUACGACAGAAGCCGUUUCCACUUUGCCAUCGUCGGUAGGGCUGGCAGCGGAAAGUCUUCCCUCAUCAACGCCUUCCGCAACCUGGGAAACAAAGAUGCUGGGGCUUCGAAAACAGGCACGACGGAGACGACACUUGAAAUUGGACGGUACCCCGAUCCUGGAAUCGAGCCUCCACGCCAAUGGAUGGUGUGGUUUGAUGUUCCAGGCGCUGGGACGCAGCGCAUUCCCCAUCAGGACUACUUUGUGAACCAAGGGCUCUAUGUUUUUGACUUGAUCAUACUGGCGAUUGGCGACCGCUUCGAAGAGAUCGACGCGCGCAUUAUUGAUGACUGCGCAAGGUUUAAAAUCCCAGCGUUCAUCGUCCGGUCGAAGGCGGACAUGCACAUUUCCAACUCGAUGCAAGAGUACGGCGACUACGCUCCAAUCACGGACAACCCAUCGCGACCGCUGUAUCGCACCUGCCGGGACACGUUUGUGAAAGAAAGCCAGCAGACGGUGACUGAGGGGUUAGCGAGACAGAAUUUGCCGGAUCAGGCGGUAUAUGUCGUCUCGAGGGAUGUGCUCCGACGUACGUAUAACAGUGCCCUCCACCGAGAUCUAGAGUAUAGGCUUCCAGACUGGGCCCAACUGGACUCGACGGGAGUGAUUCACGAGAGGCAUCUCGUAAAGGAGGUGCUUACAGCUGCAGCUGAGCGACGGUGUGAAACGGAUAUAUUGUCCGUGACCCAGGUAUGUACUAGGCCAGACCCCUCAGACCUCGCCGAGUUUUUGGACGUCAGCGGCCAGACGAGCGGGGCACGGGCACGGGCACGGGAGUCGGAAGCUGUCGCCCGCAGACCAGCAACUGCAACACCCGCGAGCCCCCGCUCCACAGGGCAACCACCACAGCACGUCAGAACUGCCGUACUGGAGAAGCCCCUGGAAAAAGUGCGAAAAGUGAUAUACCUACGCGCGCCCACCGAUGCGGAUAAUCUCUACAGGGAAAUGCUCCGGAACGACCCUGAGCUCGGCAACAUGCUCCACCGAUUCCGCACGAGAUCAAUGUGUUUGGUGGCAGGUUGCGCGUCAAAGAGUACGAGGAACGAGAAAGGCGAGGAGGAGGAGGAGGAGGAGGAGGAGGAGGAGGAGGAAGAAGAGGAGGAGUUAAUCGAGGGAGGGGAGGGGGAUCGGGAAGAGGAGCGACAACUCAAAGUCGAGGCGGCUACGUGCAGACUACAACAGCUGGAAGCGCAGAAGGCGAGGGAAAUACCAGCAAUGGACACUCCGAGAUGA